CAUUUUUCCCUUGACACCGGUUUUGAUUUGCAAAUACUGUCACAGUCAUAAAUAGUUUGCUAUUUGCCAGUAGCAUAAUUGUUAACAAUUGUCAUGUGAUGAGUGACCAAACAUUCUAUUCAUAUUUUAAAGAUACAGUUACGUCAGACUAUAUCGGUUCAGUGUUUCAGCAAGUGAAAAUCGAAAUUCUAUCCUGGUUAAAAAUUGAUGUUGGAGAUGUGCAAAGCACCAUACUGCUCUUUUUAUUAGCCUGGUUAUUGGUCAACAUUAUCCUUAUAAAGAUUGCAUGGUCAUUGUAUGGGCAGCACAUUUGUGAAAAGUUUUUAAGACAGGGUUAAUUUAUUUGGGACUACAGUAAGGCCUGACCUACACUUAAAAAGGGAAUAAAGCCAAACACCAAGAUGUCGGCAAUAAAGAAGUUUUUUCAGAAGAAGAAGAUGGACUUUAAGUUUAAAAAGUACGGUGAGGGACAUAAAUUAGAUGAGCCCGCACAAAGACCCCCUCCCAUACACAGACCUAUACCACAACCAGGAACCAGUAGUCAACCAUCAAUUUCUCCCAGGGGAGAUGCUGCUGUGUCAGAGGAGAAGAAACGGGCAGCGGCUGCAGCACUGGCAAGAAUGGAACAGAAAGAGAAACAAUCUAAACAAGAUGAAAACAUUAUGUCAAUGAAAGCUAGAAUGAGAAGAGAGAUGGAGGCAGAAAAAAAGGCCACAGAAAAAAUGAUAUCACAAGCCCAAGCCAUGCAAGGACCAGUUGAAAUAGAAAAAGAUCAUUCUCCUGUGAUACGUCAUGUUUUAUAUACUUGUCCCGAUAUUGGGCCAGCAGUACUUCCAAAGGACGAAAUAGAUGCUUAUAUUCAUGAAUUCCUUCUUACUCAGCUUGCUGAAGAACCAGAAAUGUCCUCUGCAGUUAUGAUUCAAACUUUAAAUAAAGACAAAGAAAAGGUAAAAAUCUGUGUAGAAACUUUAAUUAAAUAUUUAGACAAUAUAACAAAUAAUCCUGGUGAAGAAAAAUAUAGAAAAAUAAGGAUGUCAAAUAAAGCAUUUAAAGAAAGGGUAUCUCAGUUAAAUGGAACAGAUGAAUUCUUACAAGCUUGUGGAUUUGAAAUUAAACAGCUACCAUUUGAAGAUAAAGAAGAAAACUUCUAUGUAAUGUCGGGGGAAAUUGCAGAGAAUGUUGAGAGGCUUAAUGGAAUAAAAGAAGUGUUAAGUGCAGCUGAACCAAUACAAUGUCAACUUGAUCGUGCUUUAAAAGUUUUUCAUCAAUCUUCCGGUUCAUCCAAAUUUGACAUUCCUGAAGAAUUUUACGCUAUAAAUCCUGAAGAGCUUAAAAAAGAACAACAAAGAAGGCAAGAAGCUGUGGAAAAACUGGGCAUGCUACGUACCAAGGCAAUGCGUGAAAGGGAUGAAAUGAAGGAACUACGUAAAUAUCGUUUCACUCUUGUACGAGUUAGAUUACCAGAUGGUAUUCUUAUUCAAGGAAUAUUCAAAGCUAAUGAAAAAUUAUCUUGUUUGUAUGAUUUUAUAAGAUCAUCAUUAGAGAAUGACUGGAUGCCAUUUAUUUUACAAACGAGCAAUGGCAGUAAGUUAACAGAAGAGACAAAAACUAUGGCUGAGCUUGGUUUAUGUCCUGCAGUUGUGUUGCAUUUUGUAUGGGAUGAAUCUGUAAUGAAGGAUGUGCAUGCAGCACAAGGAGGAGGAGCUACAAGUUCUAUUUUAAAACCAGAUAUCAUGGCUCAAAUUCAGUCAUUAUAAAAAAGCAGCAAAAAGUUCUCUUCUAAAUUGCAUAAUUAUCAUAUAUAUAUUAUUCAGUCUUUUUAAUAUUACAAAUUUACAACAAUAUUUGAGGGAAUACUAUAACAUUUAUUAUAUUACCGGUAAUUUCAAAUUUUUUGUGACAUAGUCAAACCAGCAAAAAAUUCAUUUCUUUUAAAUGAAAACUUGUCCUGCCCAGUCAAUCUGGUCACGUUCUUCUUGUCAUGUUGUGGAAUAUUAUAUUAUAGAUUUUGAACCUCUCUCUUAUAUAAGGUCAGUUUUCUCGGUGUCCAUGGUUAUCUUUUAUGUGCAGCUUUGACUGUACUUGAUAAUCAAUAUUGGCAUUUUGUUCCUUGAAAAAUAUUGUUCUUCAGACAAGAAGUCAGAUAAGAUUUUGGUGCAGACUGAUUCAUUCAAAAUGUUUACAUGAUUUUGGCAUAACUUAAGAAUAUCCAAUCUGAAUUAAAGCAAUGGCUUUCAGUGUACAAUAUGUCAUAUAUGUGAAAUCAAAGAAAUUUGUUUUAGAGGUACAAUGUACAUGUACAGAUCUAGAAGGACCCUUAUCUAGACUUCAGGUUAAAAUCUUUAUUUUGGGGGGAUUUAAUGAUUCAAUCCUAUAUGGAAUAAAAAAAAUUAAAUCAGGGAGCUCGAGAGAAUGCUUUAUUUUUCUAAAAAUAGGGAUUUGGUGCUUAUUUUUUGGGGGGGUAAUUUAAGAUGACACCCACUCCUACUUCCGUUUAAAAAUCUUCAAAAUGGCAUGAUAAUCUGAACUGAACUUGAGUAUUUUUUCCUAUUAACUUGACAUUUCUCUUAUUUCCUAUUAACUUGUUAAAUCUCUUACAAACAAUCUGCAGUGCUACAAUGUACAACAGAUCCAAAUAAACAGAUUUUAUUCAAACAUGCCUUGUAGUAUAUUCUGGAUGGAAAAUAAUACACUUCCCUGUUAACAUGGUUUACUUCCAGUUUGUUCUACUGGAAAAAGUACUUUAAAAAGAGUAUUAUUUGAAUAUAAGAGUUUGACGAAGAAUUAUAGAAAAUGGAAAGAUCAGAUCAUAGUAUGAAGUUUAGCAACUUUCCAUCCAAUAUUUAACACUUUUCAUGAUUGUUACUACUUAACAAGAGUCUUAUUACCAUAUGACAUGUAGUUUUUAUGCCCCACCUACGAUAGUAGAGGGGCAUUAUGUUUUCUGGUCUGUGCGUCCGUUCGUCCGUCUGUCUCACCUCAGGUUAAAGUUUUUGGUCAAGGUAGUUUUUGAUGAAGUAGAAGUCCAAUCGACUUCAAACUUAGUACACAUGUUGCCUAUGAUAUGAUCUUUCUAAUUUUAAUGCCAAAUUAGAGAUUUUACCCCAACUUCACGGUCCACUGAACAUAGAAAAUGAUUAUGCGAGUGGGGCAUUCGUGUACUGAGAACACAUUCUUGUUUUUUUAACUUUAUCAGUAGAAUACAAAGUAGUAUAUAAUGUAAUAAACAUAUUUUUUUUCUAAAUUAUUCAGAAGCAUUUAUGAUGACAAUUUUAAUAGUGUUAGUGAUUAUACAUUCUUAAUAUUAUACAUUCUUAAUACAGUAAAUGUUUUAUAUAGGUAUUCCAUUUGUUAUAUGCUCUGAAUAUGUUGUGCAAGUGUUUUGAAAUUUAAGUAUCUAUGAUUGUUUAAAAUUUAAUAAAUUGUUUCUGUUGAAGUAAUUCUAGUCGUAUUGAAUACAACAUACAUAAAUAUAAACUGUAGCCGUUUUCCUGGAUAUUAACUUUGAAUUCAAUAUGUUUUAUAAAGAUAGACUUCUUUGAUUGAAUGUUUCAACAAAAAGAAACUAAAUUAGCUAUCCUAUGAAGUAAUUGUGGAAAUACAUACAUUUAAAAAAAAAAAAUGCAAAA